CAGGAGUGGAAGUGUUGUGGAGAUAUUUGAAACCCAGUCAAAACUUACAAGCAGUGUUUGAAAUGCGCUGGUGCUCGCAUGUACAGUACAGAGAACCGGCACCGCUCAUAUUUUUUACUACUUGAGUACCGUCACUUUUUAUGGAAUACUGGCUCUAAAAUAGGAACCAACCCUGGUGGGGUGGAAUCACGAUGUAAAUGGAGAAGCAGAAGUGUCAAGAAGAAAAACAGGACAUCUGCACAGUUUCAAACGGGAUUUGCAUUAAAAGGCAAACAACGACAUCCCAUCACUUCUCUCUAAAGCAAUCCAUUACUGACAAUUAAUGUCAAGCAGCACAUCAGUGCAGCGUUAUGCUGCCUUGCUGGAAGAAACACUGCUAAUGGAAACAAAGCCUUUUAAGAUUCAAUACAUUAAAUACAUAUAAAUGCAGCAGAAUGCCUUCAAAAGUCUCAUGCUUGUACGUGUUCACAGUCGUUUGCUGGGCAAGUGCUCUUUGGUACUUGGGUAUAUCCCGCCCGACAUCCUCCUAUGUCAGUGGGCAGAUGUCUUUGCCUAUCCGGAAGACUGUGAAAACCCUUAAGAACACAACGUUCAGCAACAUCCGGACGCGAACGCUGAACCCACACGCCUUCGACUUUGUCAUCAACGAGCCUAAGAAAUGUGAGACCAACACGCCCUUCCUGGUCAUCCUUAUCAGCACCACACACAAAGAGUUUGAUGCCCGUCAGGCCAUCCGGGAGACCUGGGGCGAUGAGAGCACCUACAGCGACAUCCGCAUCAUCACCCUCUUCCUGCUGGGCCGCAACACGGACGCCGUCCUCAACCAGAUGGUGGAGCAGGAGAGCCAGAUCUUCCACGACAUUGUGGUGGAGGACUUCAUAGACUCGUACCACAACCUCACCCUCAAGACCCUGAUGGGCAUGCGCUGGGUGGCCACCUUCUGCUCCCAGGCCCAGUACGUCAUGAAGACAGACAGUGACAUCUUCGUCAACAUGGACAAUCUGGUCUACAAGCUUCUGAAGCCCACCACCAAGCCCAAGAGGAGGUACUUCACGGGCUACGUCAUCAAUGGAGGUCCCAUCAGAGACAUGCGCAGUAAGUGGUACAUGCCCAGAGACCUGUACCCCGAGGCUAAGUACCCGCCCUUCUGCUCGGGCACGGGGUACGUGUUCUCAGUGGACGUGGCUGAGCUGAUCUAUAAGACCUCGCUGCACACCAGACUGCUCCACCUGGAGGAUGUGUAUGUGGGACUGUGUCUGAGGAAGCUGGGCAUCCAUCCCUAUCAGAACAGUGGCUUCAAUCACUGGAAAAUGGCCUACAGCCUGUGUAGGUACCGUCGUGUUAUCACUGUCCACCAGAUUUCACCGGAAGAAAUGCACCGGAUCUGGAACGACAUGUCCAGCAAGAAACACCUCAGAUGCUAGCAUCUGUGGACAACUUGGACCCUUCUUCUGUUUUCUCUCAACCUGGUGUUCUAACAAAGUUGUUUUCAUUUUCUGACAACAUUAGUUCUCUAUAGGCUACUAGUAUACUUGUACUGAAUCCACUGUAGCUGUUGGGUGCAUGAGGCUUGUAAAGUGCAUGUUCUCAUUCAAACACACACUAGUCAUUUUGUAAUCUCUGGUUUAGAAUUCCAACUAUAGACUUCAACAACUCAUUUUGAUGAAUAUUUACUCUGUACAUUUCCAAGUGAAACCAGAGAGGUAUUAUUGAAAGAGAAAACGAUGUACAGUGGGGAGAACAAGUAUUUGAUACACUGCCGAUUCUGCAGGUUUUCCUACUUA